AGAAUGUAAGUUUUCCAGCAGAAAUCUCCUUCUGCCAGAAGACAUAUAUAUACAAUAUAUAUACAAGUGAAAGCAAGAUGGCCCAGAUCCCGACCAGAUGGCCGGUUUCACCGUGCGGUGCCUGAGGUGGUCAUCAGGAUCUACAUUUAGCUGCAGCAGACUUGAAAUUAUGUCCAGUUGAUGCUGCAUGAUUCAUUAGCAUCAGCUGGUGCUGGCUGGAAAGGAAGGGAGAAGAAUGGACUCCGUUAUAUCACUUGGAUACAAAAUAUUAAAGAUAAGCUUUGAUGUCUUUCACUUCUGAAGUAUCUUGGAAAUGAACGUGGAUGGAAGCACGUAAAGCUGAGCUAUCAGGAAGGAAUGGGAGGAUGCUAGCAGAGUUUCUGAGCUUGCUUUUCAAUGUGAUUGCAGCCAUACUAAGCUUUUUACCAGGGCUGCCUCCAGUCUAUCCAGCCCUGUCCAUGGACAGCAUUUCUGUUAGCAGUGAAAGUGUCACUGAAGGGUGCAGACCAUGAGUCACAGGAAUUCUCCAUUUGCCUCUGUACUGGUGGUGUCACUGAGAAUGGGAGCUUCUGCAGAGACUAAAACCUGAUACGGUUCAUCCUGGGGGAAGAAGAGCCUGAAGUAGAAAGUAGCAAUGAACGCAAGAGCACACAGCUGUUGCACAAUCCAUUCUGUGCUCCACAUAUCUGUCCAUGUUGUCAGCCGCUUGUGUAUCAAGUCUGAGGAGGAGGAAGAAAUACGAGGUAUGUUAACAACAGCCAGGUACUUCCCAUUCGCAGUUUUAGCAUGCGAGAGGAAGUGAUGUUCGAUGAAUAGAGCUGAUCAUAAGUUUUCUGAUGCAACGCUUAUUCUUUUGAAAAUGUUGAUUGGAUUUGUAUUGCUGGGUUGGCUGGUUCUCCAGCUUCAUGGAAACCUGCUUGGAAAGUUGUCAUGCUUUCGUAAAUCUUCUGGACCCACCUGGCCUGUUCCACUGGCCACCCACCAUUCUGUGAUGCCAUGACACUGCUGGCUUCCCCCAGUUACCAGGAGCUAUCCCCUGGGCUGGUCAGCAAUUGAGUGAGCUGCCCAUCUGAAGUCCUUCAAUUAUUGGCCAAUUCCUUUGCUUCCAGCUUGCCAGAUCCUGUAGCUUCAAAGAUCUUAGCCCACCCAGGUGACUGCCUGGCCACCCACAUAGCAGUGGAACAGCAAUGUAGGCAGAGUCCUGGCAUGGGAACUGAGGCAUCAGCCCAGAAAUGUUUCAAAAUAUAUUAUUUCUAUAUACGGGGGUGAAACCUUUUUGGGAAGGGUGAAGGGAGGUGUGCCAACAUGAUUUCCUCUGAGAGAUGAACAUUCCAGUUCCCGGUGCUGGUACAGGCAAGUCACGGGACAUUUUGGCUUUUUGCGGUUCACUACUUGCUUGCCAGUACUUGGCUGACAAAUGCAGUCAGUAUGUAUGUGAGUACACAGAAAGGAAGACCAGCAAUUAGUGGGUUUGAAUCAUACAAGGUGAGGGUCUCUGCUGCUUUGCAACAUAUCUGUUGCACUGGGAGAGAUUGUAGGAUACAAGCUGCUCUUGUUGCAAAGGCGGCACCAUUACUGGUUUGUGCUCCGUUGCAUUGGUAGGCUGUGGGUGAGGCUUGAUUCCUGGAGGUAUUUAUGGGAGAGGUCACCAUCUGAAAUCUAGUCUUCUAUCGUAUCUCUGCCCCUGGAAGCUAGAAUCUCUGAGUGAGUGCAUCUCUUCCAAUGUGGGCUCUCCCUGGCUAAGGCAAGGAGACCUGAUUUUGGACCUUUGGCACAUAGUUCUGGAUCAUUUGGGAAAGGAGGCAGUUUAGGUAGAUUAUGUUAAUUUUGUGCUCUGAACAGACUCAGUAACUCAUGAUCUACACAAAGGUUUUCUGGCAAGUUGGCCGUAUCAUGUCUCACCUGCCACAUAAACCAUGAAUGUUGGAGGCCUAAUGUUAAAAACACACUAGUUCUCUGAGACUAUAAAUUUCUAUUGACUUUGGUAGGAGCUUAGAACUAUUCUGGGUUCUCAGCUUUCAAAAAGCAAUGUACAGAACUCUCAGGAGCUUCAGAAGUCCCACAGCAUUACAAAUUAAAAAAGAGCUGGGCCUGUGAAAAUUAGUUUCCCACUAGAAUCACAGCAUUUAAAAUUGCAAUCAAGUGUUAAGUUUUAUGUGCUGCUGAAACAGAAAAAUUAAAGCAGACUUAAUAUGCAUGUAUAAAGACAUUCAGAGAUAGUAUCGGGCUCCAUGGAUGACUCUGCCUUGGCACAGGGUAGACUAGCUUUCCUAACAUGAACUGAGAAGCUCGGCGUGUUUCAAGUGCCAGACUCUAUCCUCACAGUGAUCUGCCUUCUGUGCUGGGCUAAGGGGAGCAGGUGACAGAAAGCAGCUUUCAUAAAGCUGAGAGUAAUAAUCUCAGCAAAGUGAGUCCCCAGUUGCAAUAUUAGGAAAAAAUUCUGACUUCUUUUUGUCACAUGAAUGACACAAGUGGACUGGAAGAACAGCCACACAUCUAAUUUUUGUCUUUGAAAUAUUUUCUCUAGGGAUAAGUAUCAAUGCAGAAGGAGCUUCUGUAUUAAAUCCCCAUGACUCUGUAGAGCCCAUGAAUUCCUCAUGAAGCAGAUCUUGUGGGCUAUGUUAUUUGCCCAUGAUCAGAUUCCCACUUCUGAACUUAUGAUCUCCCUGUCAGACGUAGGCAGAAUCUCUUCUCCACACAGAGGAGGCAGAGGGUGGAGCUCAGCGCCUGUAUAAAUUAUAUGUGUCCUUCUGGUUGUUUCAGCAGCAACAACAAGCUGUGAGUGUGUUUGUCAGCUGACAGAUCUGUUAUCCAAAUCGGGUUUUCUGCUGCUGUCGCCAUCUUGCGUGCCAUGGGGAGCCCACCAGCCAAGAUGAAGAUUUGUCCCAUCUACUUGCUUUCCGUAAGAAUCAUACAAGCCAGGAACAUCAAAUCAAGAGACCUGUUUCCACUUUCCUGCCAAAACUUUGCGGGGCAAUGUUAUUCACUGCUUGAUACCAGUCUGAAGUAUUUAGGCAUCUCGGGCUGCAGUAGACAUCUUCAGUCAAGUCCAGACUCCAGCUCUGAAAGACAUCAUCUCGGAGAUUUCUUUUCACACCGAUGUCAAGCUCCACAAAUGACUGCAUCAGACUGCUAUGUGCGCUUGUGGCUGCCAUCUGCUUCAAAUGAAAAGCUUCAGACCAAAACCAUCAAGAAUUCUGACAACCCUGUCUGGAACGAGACUUUCUACUUUAGGAUCCAGAGAGAAGUUGAGAACGUUUUAGAAUUGGCAGUGUGUGAUGAAGAUCCACUUACGAAAGAUGACAUGCAGUUCACAGUUCUUUUUAAUGUUGCUAGAGUCAGACCUGGAGAGAGAGUCCGUGAGACAUUUGCUUUGAAAUCAGAGAAAGAGAGGUGCUCUAAGAAAUGGGAAAGUUUGGAAGUGGAGUUCUGGAUGGAAAAAAUUCCUGGCCCUCCAGAGUAUGUCAUUACCAAUGAUGUCCUAGUGUCACGUGAAGUUUGGUGCUUGGAAGUGCAAGUGGACAGUAAUGAAAGCAGGAAAUAUUUGAAAGAGGGUAAAAAUCUUGUGCUUACCGUGCCUGCAUCUCAUGAAAGAACACAGAAAGCUACAGAGGAGACAGAUACUUUCUACUUCCAUUGUGUGAAGGCUUGGGAGCCAGUUCUAAAAGCCAGGCUGCAGAAAGUUUCUGAUAAGGAAGAUGACAGAAACAAUUUAAGUGACACCUUAACAGUACCACUGAAAUUUCUCCCUGUUGGACACAAAGUGAAAGUAACCCUCCCUGUAAGACAUAAUGUGCCAUUGCAGCUGUACCUCCAACUAAAUGAUUGCACGGAAAAACUAGAUGUGCGCUUAGGAUAUGAUCUAUGCCGGGAAGAGCAGGAAUUCUUGCAAAAAAGGAAGAGAGUGGUUGCCAGUGCCCUGAAAAGGGUUCUUCAUUUGGAAAGAGAUCUACAUGGACACGAGGUCCCAGUAAUAGCUGUUAUGGCAACAGGCGGAGGCCUCAGAGCAAUGUCAGCUAUGUUUGGCCACCUCUUGGCUCUUCAGAAGCUAAAUCUGUUGGACUGUGUUACCUAUCUCACUGGGGCUUCUGGCUCAACAUGGACCCUAGCAGACCUGUAUGAGCAUGCAGAUUGGUCACAGAAGACUCUGGAGGGGCCACUCAGAGCAGUAAAAGAACAAGUGACAAAAUGCAAACGCAACCUUAUGUCUAUGGAACAUCUGAAAUAUUAUCACAAGGAACUUGAUGAAAGGGCAAAAGCUGGACACGUCUCAUCUUUUACAACCUUGUGGUCACUUGUUCAGGAAAUGUUCUUACAUGAACGGCCAAGAAAGUACAAACUCACAGACCAGCGGAAGGCAUUGGAGCAUGGACAAAACCCACUGCCUUUCUAUGCAGUCCUCAAUGUCAAAGAGGAAAAGUUCAGUACUUUCAAAUUCAGAGAGUGGACAGAGUUCUCUCCUUAUGAGGUGGCCAUACCAAAAUAUGGAGCCUCCAUUCGUUCAGAAUUUUUUGACAGUGAGUUCUUCAUGGGAAGGCGAGUGAAGAAGCUGCCAGAAUCUCGGAUCUGCUAUCUGGAAGGUCUUUGGACAAACAUUUUUACUAGGAAUUUGCUGGAUGGCUUAUACUGGUCCUCAAAUUCAAAUGAAUUCUGGGAACGAUGGGCCAAAGAUAUGGUAGAUAUAGAAAAACAUUCCCCUGAGGAGGAUACCACUAUCAUCGAACCUCCGUCUUGUUUGUCAGGGAAGUUGUAUGAAAUGUUUCAGGACAUUAUGACCAAGCGUCCGCUACUGGGAAAGUCUCAUAACUUCCUGAGAGGCUUAGAAUUUCAUAAGGAUUAUAUCCAUCAGAAAAAAUUUAUUGAAUGGAAAGACACUGUGCUGGACUCCUUCCCUAACAAUCUGACACCGCUGCAGAAAUAUCUUUGCCUGAUAGAUGUUGGCUAUUUCAUUAACACCAGUGGUGCAGCACUUUUCCGGCCAGAAAGGAAUGUAGAUGUCAUUAUCUCACUUGAUUAUGGUUUGGGGAAUGUGUUCAAGCAAUUGGAGAUGACAUACAAAUAUUGCAAGAUACAAAAAAUCCCUUUCCCCAAAGUGGAGCUAAGUGAAGAAGAGGAGAAGAACCCAAAGGAAUGUUAUGUGUUUUCGGAUCCAGAGGACCCCAGAGCACCCAUAGUAAUUCAUUUUCCCCUGGUGAAUGAUACCUUUAAGGAAUUCAAGGAGCCUGGGGUAAAGCGCAGUCUCUCAGAGAUGGAAGAAGGCAAAGUAAAUCUGGAGAACAACUGCUCACCCUAUUACCUCAUUAGGCUAAUCUACUCCCCUGAAAAUUUUGACAAACUUGUGAACCUAAGUAAAUACAACAUCCUCAACAACAGAGACCUGCUCCUCCAGGCAAUCCAGAGUGCCGUGGAACGGAAAAGAGGUGGCAGGACUGGGAAUCUCCCCAGCCACUCUGGAGCUGAAUAUGCAUAGGCUGGGUUUUCCUACUUUUCCCCACUGAAGGCUACGACGGUCACAUUACAACACACAACAAUCACAUUAUAACAUGUCACAGUCACAUUACAACACAUCAGUGUUCAUUACUUGCAGGAAAUUGAGGAAACCUGUACAUUUCUCAUCUUGCCUUGUUCAAGUUCCUAGCUUUCAAAAGGAACUUUCCUUCACCAAGUUUUCUGACCGUAAGAGCCUCCCACUCCAGUUUUACUUGAUAAGAAAGGAGGGUCCUGGUUAGCAGAGACCUUCCAGGAACUUCCCAAUGUUAUAAAAAAUGGUGGUGGUGAUAGUGAUAGUACUUUACAUGUGCCUGUUCCCUCAGUCCUGAGCCCAUUAUCAGUGUCUUUUGAAUGAUUCAUUACAAACCAAGUCCUGGCCAUUUGCAUUCAGUAAUGUCCAGAUUUUCAGAUAGGCUGAGUACUAGAAUUUGCACUGAAUUGGUGGGCUCAGCUCUGAAGUCAGGCCAAAGAGUCAUAUAUACCUGUGAAUAAUAGCCAAACUGCAACGUGGACCAUUACAUUCUGUCUGGCUGAUUCCCCUUACCGAUCUAGAAGUUAUUCCUUUAUUCCAUUCCCCUGCAAGAGUUUGGCACAGAAAUGCUGCUCCAGACUGUCCCAAGGGGGGCAGUUACAUUUCAAGGAGAGAGGACAUGAGCUGCAGAGGGCGAGUCAUUCUUUGAGUUUUGGCUGGAGGAAAAAUUCUGCAUAAGGCAUGAGUGAUUAUAUUCAUUUAUACGGGUAGAGCCUUUAUGAAUUAAAAUGUCAAGAGCUUUUGAUACCAGAAAUUCAGGGAGGGUAGUUACCAUAGACACAAGUACACUUAAUUUAAUAAUAAUGACCAAGACAUAAGCUAGUGUUCCUUAUGUGUGUGAACUGAGUGUAGGAUGUAAAGGAGUGUGUAUAGUCAUUGUAUUUCACACCCAGAAGAUUUUUUUUCCCUUUACAGUCUUCAAUCCCUAACAUCAUAUGCAAGGUAUUUUUAAUAGGUGCUACAGUAAAAGAGAGCACAAAAAAAAAUACUA